UUCCCCGUGAUAGGGUUUCCGCGUGAGGUUCAACAGCACCGCCGCUUCUUCUCUCUCUCGUCGGCGUUCGUCAGCUCAAGCAAUGGAGACCGCUCCGGUGGAAGAGAGGGGAGUUCAGGAUGGCGUGAAGCUCUUCAACAGCUGGUCGUUCGACGAUGUCGAGGUUAAGGAUGUUGCGCUGAUCGACUAUAUCGGGGUCCAGCCUGCGAAACAUGCGACGUAUGUGCCCCACACUGCUGGUAGGUACUCAGUCAAGAGGUUCAGGAAAGCCCAGUGUCCGAUCGUGGAGAGGCUCACCAACUCUCUCAUGAUGCACGGUAGAAACAAUGGGAAGAAGCUUAUGGCUGUUAGAAUUGUGAAACAUGCCAUGGAGAUCAUCCACUUGCUGACUGACUCGAACCCGAUCCAAAUAAUUGUUGACGCUGUGAUCAACAGCGGACCUCGUGAAGAUGCCACUCGUAUUGGAUCUGCUGGUGUUGUUAGACGGCAGGCUGUGGAUAUUUCACCGUUGCGGCGCGUGAAUCAGGCGAUAUAUCUGCUCACUACAGGUGCUCGUGAAGCUGCUUUUAGGAACAUCAAGACUAUUGCCGAAUGUCUUGCAGAUGAGCUUAUUAAUGCUGCCAAGGGUUCAUCCAACAGCUAUGCGAUUAAGAAGAAGGAUGAGAUCGAGAGGGUGGCCAAAGCAAAUCGUUAAGCGGUGAUGUCCAAGCCUCAUCCGGUGGAAGGACCGGAUUUUUGUUGGUGGAAGUUCUUUAUUUUUUGCAUUUUAGGUAGACAAAUUGCUCUUGUAGUGUCUGAGUCCUAUCAGAUGGAUUAACAUGCUUUCAUCUAUCGACAUGGAGGACACCAGAGUCUUUGGUCUUUUCAGUCUAUUCAAACUCUGGAAUUUUGAGUUAUCCAUUCUUCUUUGUUGGACUCGA